AUGUCGAAAAGAGGUCGUGGCGGCGCCGCCGGUAACAAGUUGAAGAUGACUCUCGGUCUGCCAGUCGGCGCCGUGAUGAACUGCUGCGAUAACUCCGGUGCGCGAAACAUCUACAUCAUUUCCGUCAAGGGCAUCGGAGCCCGUCUCAACCGUCUCCCAGCUGCAGGCGUUGGCGAUAUGGUCAUGGCCACGGUCAAGAAGGGUAAACCCGAGCUGAGGAAGAAAGUCAUGCCUGCUGUUGUUGUCAGACAGAGCAAGCCAUGGCGACGGGCGGAUGGCAUUUAUCUAUACUUUGAGGAUAAUGCUGGUGUGAUCGUCAACGCAAAGGGUGAAAUGAAGGGCUCAGCCAUCACUGGUCCUAUUGGAAAGGAAGCUACGGACCUCUGGCCGCGUAUCGCAGCUAACUCUGGAGUCGUCGUGUAA